UGGUUUCCGUAGGGGUAGAAUUUGUUGCCACACGUCAUCGUCAGACUCGCAUCUCGCAUGAAUGGAAUGAUAUUAACUGUAAAAGCCUUGACUCAGAAAUGCAAACUGGAUGCAGACAUUUCCGAGUUAAUAUUUUUAGUCGGUGUCUGUCGAUCUAAAGCGGAACAGGUUUCCCUCAAGUCAGCUUGAAAGCGUUGUCUGUGUGUGUUCAGAGCUGAAGCUAAGUUAGCUGCUAGCCUGAAACUACCAGUCAGGCUAGGAAACGUUUAACCGUUAGUCUGCGAGCUACUCAUCGCUGCUCAAACAACAUAACGUUACACCAAAACAACUGAGCAAAGAUGGUUGAAUCUGUAUUUGAUCUCCCGGUGGAAAAACUGAUAUUUUAUGCUGUUUUGGGAUUUUCGUGGACAGUGUAUCUGUGGGAGGCAUACCUUUCUUACAGACAGAGGAGCAUAUACAGAUCGACGACACAUGUGCCACAGGAACUAGGGAAGAUCAUGGAUUCUGAAACGUUUGAGAAGUCACGUCUUUAUCAGCUGGAUAAAAGCAACUUCAGCUUUUGGUCUGGACUCUACUCUGAGACUGAAGGGACGUUGAUCCUGCUCCUGGGUGGUAUCCCGCUCCUGUGGGGUGUCGCUGGGUCUGUGACAACUCGCUUUGGGUUAAGUUCAGAGUACGAGAUCACCCAGUCACUCGUGUUUCUGAUGCUCGCCACGCUGUUCAGUGCCUUAACUGGACUUCCCUGGAGUCUGUACAACACAUUUGUCAUUGAGGAGAAGCACGGCUUCAAUCAGCAGACGAUGGGCUUCUUCCUUAAGGAUGCUGUAAAGAAGUUUGUUGUGACCCAGUGUAUCCUGCUGCCCGUCACCUCGCUCCUGCUGUACAUCAUCAAGAUUGGUGGAGACUAUUUUUUCAUCUAUGCCUGGCUCUUUACCCUGGCUGUUUCUCUGGUACUAGUAACAAUCUAUGCUGACUACAUCGCUCCCCUGUUUGACAAGUUCACUCCUUUGCCAGACGGAGAGCUGAAGACAGAUAUUGAGUCGAUGGCCAAGAGUAUAAACUUCCCCCUUACUAAGGUGUAUGUAGUUGAAGGUUCCAAGCGCUCGUCCCACAGCAACGCAUACUUCUACGGUUUCUUCAAGAACAAGCGCAUUGUGCUGUUUGACACUCUGCUGGAAGACUACUCGCCUCUCAACAAGUCUGGAGAGCCGCAGCCAGAGAGCGAUGAUUCAGCCAGUGACUCAAAAGCCAAGCCCAAGAACAAGAAACAAGGAUGCAACAACCCAGAGAUCCUUGCAGUCCUGGGUCAUGAGCUGGGCCACUGGAAGCUUGGCCACACUGUCAAGAAUAUCGUCAUCAGUCAGAUGAAUUCCUUCUUGUGCUUCUCGCUGUUUGCUGUUCUGAUUGGACGCAAGGAGCUGUUUGUAGCUUUUGGCUUCGAUAACAGCCAACCCACAUUAAUAGGCUUGAUGAUUAUCUUCCAGUUCAUCUUCUCCCCGUACAAUGAGCUUCUGUCCUUCUGUCUGACAGUCCUGAGUCGCAGGUUUGAGUUCCAGGCAGAUGCCUUUGCACGCAGCAUGGGCAAAGCCUCCGAGCUCUACUCUGCCCUCAUCAAGCUCAACAAGGACAACCUGGGCUUCCCCGUGGCUGACUGGUUGUUUUCCAUGUGGCACUAUUCCCACCCUCCCCUCCUGGAGCGCCUCAGAGCGCUGGGCAACGUCAAGCAGGACUGACGGGGCUGGAAGGGGGAGCGGCGACCGCUGCCUCCUGCAAAGGGCCUUCGCAGACCGCUCCUGGCCCUGUGACGCACCCCUGGUCUUUUUCAACCCCCCCCCCCUCCCCGCCUUUUAUCUUAUUUUAGUCAAUUCUCAACUUGCCAUACUUUCUAUUUUGUUCCCUUUGAAACUUUGUUUUAAACAAAACCAAAACAUAUCAGCACAAGCCAGCGUAAAAAAAAAAAAGAAAAAAAGAAUUGAAACUUGAAUUGACGUCUCCGCUCUUUCUCUAGAGACACCUAAUAAGCACUCACCUAGAGCAAUACUUCUGAGCAAUGUGUGUUCAGCAAAAGCUAUUGUCAUUGAAAUUAUUUAAUUUCUGUACAUUUUCAUUAUAACUUUGUCCUAAAAGAUUUUUACUUGCUGGACUAUGUGUUUCUGUUGUGAUGUGUACAUGACAUCCAACUGUUAACGGCAUAAGUCUUUUUAUAGCUUUAGUUUAUAAAGUGGUUAACCUAAACAGUUUUAUUUAUUGUGGAUUUAAAAAAAAAAAAAACAAGAAAACAUAUGAUUGGUGGGCAGACAGACAACUUCAUACAUACUCAUGACAAUGCUCUUCGCAGAUACACAGGCCAGAAUUUGAUUUGUCCUUCAAGUGCAACUGUUUCUUUUCGAAGUAUCUCUAGGCAAGCUCAAGAGUAAAAAUGUUAAUGUAGUCAUCAACUCAAAUUCUCAGUUUUGCAUGAGGAACUAUCUAGAUGCUUUGUCACAGUGAAUAAACAUGAGGGCCUCUAAUUAACUCUGUUUUUGUUCAUAUAAUGGACACCUCAUGAACAAAGCGGUGCAGAAGAUUUCAUUUAAAUUUAGGUUGGGACUUGUUAUUCAUUUUUUACAUGCAUUGGCGGGGGGGGGGGGUUAUUUUACUUUUUCUAAAGCACUUGCUUGCCGACUAGAUUCCAACCUUACCUGUACAUAUGUAACUUUGAUGAUUAUAGUAAUGGCGUAUGGUGUGAAUUGUGAAAAAUGUUGAAUGUGGUUUAAAAUUUUGUUUCUUAGUUUCUUCUCUUGGUUUUGGGCCGGAGUGAGCCUUGAUUUUCCUGGCAAGCAAAUAUUUAUAGGGGACUUGGGGAAGGGGGGAAGGAGGUCUGCAAGGCUCCUUCCACCACAUAAGCCAGUGCUUGGUUUGUUCAGUGAGGGGACUGUAUACUUUGUUUGCAGCAUUGAAUAAAAUCCUUCAAAGCAUUCCA